AGCGCAUACAUCGACUUUCAUUCCCCAUCGUUAUCGUCAACGGUUGUGUCAAUUGAGUGUGUCCUUGGAAUUUGUCAUUUGUUUAAAUCGUAGAAAAUUAAUUGUGUUCUAUAAAUAUUUUGACACCGAUUUUCGAUUGACAAAAUGCCAAAAGUAAGAAGGAGCAAGAAGCCACCACCAGAUGGGUGGGAGUUGAUCGAGCCAACGCUUGAAGAAUUGGAGCAAAAGAUGCGUGAAGCUGAGACCGAGCCUCAUGAAGGUAAACGAAAACAGGAAUCAUUGUGGCCCAUCUUUAAAGUACACCAUCAAAAAAGCCGCUACAUAUACGAUCUCUUCUACAGACGAAAAGCAAUCAGCAAAGAACUCUAUAAUUAUUGUCUUGAUAAUAACAUAGCAGACCGUAACUUAAUUGCAAAGUGGAAAAAAACUGGAUAUGAGAACUUAUGCUGUUUACGAUGCAUCCAAACUCGUGACACCAAUUUUGGAACAAAUUGUAUUUGCAGAGUACCUAAAGGUAAAUUAGAAGAGGGAAGAGUCGUUGAAUGCAUCCACUGUGGAUGCAGAGGCUGUUCAGGCUGAAUAGUAUACAAAAUUACACUUAUUAUUUUUAAAACAAUACAUUGGGCAUGUGUACAUAUAUUUAAGAUGUAAUAAAUUUCUUAUUUUUCUCAAUUAA